ACACACGUUGUCACAGAACCCCCCAAGUUCCCUGAUCUACCACACAACGUACAGCACAGUACACGGGUUGUCACAGAAACCCCCAAGUUCCCUGAUCUACCACACAACGUACAGCACAGUACACGGGUUGUCACAAAACCCCCCAAGUUCCCUAAUCUACCACACAACGUACAGCAUGAGUCCUAGUGUCAAGUAUUCAGGUGGCAUGACUACUGGGGUCAAGUAUUCAGGUGUUAUGACUCAUAGUGUCAAGUAUUCAGGUGUCAUGACUACUGGUGUCAAGUAUUCAGGUGUUAUGACUCCUAGUGUCAAGUAUUCAGGUGUCAUGACUACUGGGGUCAAGUAUUCAGGUGUCAUGACUACUGGGGUCAAGUAUUCAGGUGGCAUGACUACUGGGGUCAAGUAUUCAGGUGGCAUGACUACUGGGGUCAAGUAUUCAGGUGGCAUGACUACUGGGGUCAAGUAUUCAGGUGUCAUGACUCCUGGGGUCAAGUAUUCAGGUGGCAUGACUACUGGGGUCAAGUAUUCAGGUGGCAUGACUCCUGGGGUCAAGUAUUCAGGUGGCAUGACUACUGGGGUCAAGUAUUCAGGUGGCAUGACUACUGGGGUCAAGUAUUCAGGUGGCAUGACUCCUGGGUUCAAGUAUUCAGGUGAUGUCACAGAGUAGCUGGGCAUCUACAGGACUCCUCCAGAUCAGGUUUUAG